UUGGCGCGUUCAGUUAACAGUGGACAUCAGACAUAAACUUUUCUUGAGAACUUAUAGUUUACGUACUUAAUAAUUGUCUGACAGUUUCAUUGAAUUAGUCAAGUUUAUACUUGGUUUUUUAAAAUAACUCUUUUGAUUAUUUUUAUUCAGUGAAGAUUCGUAUAAUAAGCUCGAAUGGACUCGGUCGCGUGGGACUUUGUCUGUGAUUCUAUUAACGGACAAUCCAUGUCACAACGUGUUCCCAACACGGGGUUAUACGACGUAAUGGUUGAAGAUCAUGGAUAUUAUACAUCCCCAACAUUAUAUCCAAAUCCUCUUGGAUUAGAUUCAUGGCAAUUAACUAAAGAAGAAAAUGCUGUGCUGGCAUCUUUAGACGGUCUGCACAGUGGUGUGCCUACGAGGACGACGCCUACACUGACACCAACAACCCUCCGCAGCAUUGAGCAGACUUUCCUCGAAUUAACAAGCGAGUCCGCGUCCCACAGUCGAGAGGCCGGUUUCGUGCCGCCUCUCGUGGAACCAUCACAGCCAACACCGGCACAGACCCACAAUAACAGUGCCAUCACGAUUCAAAAUCACAACACCGUACUCUUAGAGAAUCAACAGACGCGACCACAACAACAAGCGAGAAGAAACAUGGGUGGCAGAAGACCCACGAGGACAAUUGGCAUGACUCCGGAGGAAGAGGAACGACGACAGGCUCGUAGAGAACGAAAUAAAAUGGCUGCUGCACGAUGCCGCAAGCGAAGAAUGGACCAUACCAAUGCCCUGUUAGAAGAGACUGAGGGCUUGGAACAAAAGAAACAAAGUUUGCAGGAUGAAAUUCAACAGUUGCAGCAAGCUAAAGAAGAGCUGGAAUUUAUCUUGGAAGCUCACAGAACUGUGUGUAGACUUCGUUCGACAUCUCCUAUUGAUAUUAAGCCUGUAAUUAAGCCAGAACAAACUAUUGAAGAUCAAUUCCUCGAGCCAGAAAAACGUAACUCAGUAAACAAUGUCAGACCUAAUCGACCAAAUUCUCUACCAGUAGGAUUUGAUAACAAUAAUCGGCCUAACCUUCUAUUAUAUAAUGAACCAAAGGAACGACCUGAUUCUCUACAAUUUAAAACAAUUGAAACACCUGCGUUUAUGAAAACUGCAAACGAGGUUGCUGGAGUGCCAAUCACGACACCGUCCAGUGGAAUUCCAUUUAACUUUGAUUCUCUGAUGGAAGGUGGAACUGGCUUAACUCCAGUAUCAACACCUUUAAUACCAUCUUGCUCUACCCAGCAGAGGAACAACCUGUCGGCCGUUGAUCUCAGCUCUCCGGAUGCCAAUCCACCAAAACUUGUGAGCUUGUGACGCCAGGAUGACCUUGAUUAUGGCUCUGAAAAUGAUCCGAUAUGAGAUUUUGAAGUUAAAUUCAUGGAUCAAUUUGAUAACUGAAUUUUAUAAGAGUUUUUCUAUUCAUUGUCAAGCUAAGAUGAAUAAUGAAGCGUUGAAAAGAUGUUAAUCUUUACGUCAACAAACAUCACAAGUUGCCAUAAAUGUAUUUUGUCGUUCUCGUGAUACUUGAACGGCUGUAUUUAGUUAUGUCUCUUGCAAUUAAUCGAAUUAUAUUUUUAGAAAAGAUUAGUUAAAUAAAUAAAGAUAUAAUUUUAGAAUAAUUUUUGGGCCUAAAGGCGAGCUAAGUUUUUUUUCUUUCAAUUAUUGUCACAUUAAAUAAUUAAUUAAGUAACAAUUAAUAUUGGACAUUAAUAUAAAAAUCAUUGUGAAUUAUGGAAAAAAGUUUAACUUUUUGACCUUCUUUUUGUACUACAGAAAACUUAUGAAUAAAAACUUAUGCUCUCGAGUAUAAUUGUCAUGAAAUUAAAUUAUAUACCGAUAGAAUAUCGAGUUCCUAUUGCUCAUGUUAAUAACUCGAAUAUUUUUUUAAGCCAAAAGUGAAUAUAUCUCCUCAUCUCGUUACCAAUGCGAAGUCUGUGGUAUACAUUAUUAUUUUUUUACUAGUAUCACAGAAAACACUUUCAGUAUUGCAUCUUAUCGCGAUGGAUAUUCGAGUAAUAGAUUUCACUUUGGUAUCAAACAAUGAGUGAAUUUGGUCUAAGUCUUUUUACUAAUAAUGAAUAAUAAUUAUAAGAACAAAAAUAGUAAUAAUUCUUAUAUAUUGUGUAUGAUGGUAUAAAUUAUUUAUCAUGUAUAAGCAAUGGAAAAAAUUAUCUUUUUAUAUUAAUUAUUGUGUGAAAAAUAAGUGAAAGACGACUUUCAUAGCUUAAGGGCUGAAAAAAAUUUAUAAAAUGCAAUUUUUUACAAAAAUUAAUGAUAAAUCAAAAUAAAUAGCAAUAAACAGCAGAAUUUAAAUUAAAAAUUUUCUAGAGGCUCUUUAUUCUCCCAAGCAUAUGCUCAAUUUGAUUUUGUAUUGAUAAUUUAUAACAGUGAUAUUCAAAAGCUUUUUUUAUAGAAUAAAAUUAAGUGAAAUUGAAAAAUGAAAAACUCAAAUAGUAUGCUCAAUAAAAUUUUGCUGUAAAUUUUCUAAAAUAAUAUUUGUAUUUUUUACUAGAUUUUGAAGUAACACUCGCAAAAUAUCUAAGUAAUUCCUCCAUCUACAUGAUAUAUGUUAGACAUAUUUAUAUUUUAUAAAAUAUAUAUAAGAAGAUUUCGCAUAACCUCAAGCUAUAUUAAUAUAUUCUAACGUGAAAGCCAGUUGUGAUAAAGUAAAUGAUUAUAAAUAAAUUGAAUAAAAUAGGAAAUCAGUACUAAUGAUCAUUUUUUACUAUUAAAUAUCACAGCAAGCUCUUGCGUUCUUCAACAAUCGUGUAAUAGUUUUAGUAUAUCAUUGAUGCAAUAUUAUUUGUCUGGUCCAAAGUCAUUAAUAAAACCAUGCAAAUUUUAAAUAAAUAAACUAUAAAAUAU